GAUUUUCAGGUGAGGUGCUCAGUAUGGAUAAUACAAAAUGCGUAAAUGAUAUGUAUCUCUAAGCUCAGUGGUGCUCAUCCCAUAGCCUGGAGAUGUUAGCCGUCCAGCACUACAACAGUUCAGCUCUGGAUGUGAAUGAAGGGUUCAACAAUCAGACCCAGCAGGUGCCUGGAGUGGCACCAGUCUGCUGCAGGGAAAAUCUGAACAUCACAACCAACCCCACGGUAGCGGGCCUGUCCAUGACCCUGGGCAUUGUGUCCAACAUCGUAGCACUGAUCAUCCUGGCUAAAGCGUACGCUCGUCUGCGGAAGCGCUCCAAAGCCACGUUCCUGCUGUUCGCCAGCUCUCUGGUGGCUACGGACCUUGCUGGUCAUGUUAUUCCAGGUGCCCUGGUUCUGCAUCUCUACAUGUCUGGCACCGUUGGAGGAUUUUGUUACCCACCUGAUGCCACCUGCCAUUUCCUGGGAGGCAGCAUGGUGUUCUUUGGCCUGUGCCCGCUGUUUCUGGGGUGCGUCAUGGCCGUGGAGCGGUGCAUGGGUGUGACGAGGCCUCUCCUGCACGCCCGCGUAAUUUGCAUGGCCCACACCAAGAUGGUGUUGGUCUUGAUAUGGCUGUUGGCUUUAUUUGUAGCGUUGCUGCCUUUCUUUCACCUAGGAACAUACACCUACCAGUUCCCGUGUACCUGGUGCUUCAUAAACGUGUUAGACAAAACCAGCAUCACAGACGUGAUAUUUGUGCUACUGUUUUCUGGACUGGGACUGGCCGCGCUGGCCGUGGCACUGGUCUGCAACACCAUCAGCGGAGUGACGCUGGUGAACGCCCGGCUGCGCAGGAAGAAGUGCCAACGCAGAUCGGCUAAAUCACAUGACAUUGAGAUGGUGGCACAGCUGUUGGGCAUUAUGGUCACUUCUUGCAUCUGCUGGAGUCCUCUGCUGAUCUUCGGCCUGAUGUCAGUCAUCCGCUCGUACAGCUGGGGGAUGAUGGGCGAUGAUCUGAAAAACUACAGGACUUUAAUGGUAAUGGGAGUGCGUAUGGCCUCCUGGAACCAGAUUCUGGACCCCUGGGUCUAUAUCCUUCUACGCCGGGCCGUCCUCAGAAAGAUCUACCGCAUAACCACCGGCCGCAGUAACCUAAGAGGAAGCACAUUCCGCCGGUGGGAGAUUAGCUCCUUCCAGAACUCAAUGAAAAGCGCAAGCAAUCGGAACUGAUGGAGGGAUUCCAGAGUAUGAGUUCUACCACAUGGAAGAGACUGGGAAAAGGGGAAAAAAUAGGAUGUUAUUAACCAAAAUCGUUGCAGUGCAGCAUUACUGAAGGCAGAUGUAAGUUCCUAUUGCUUAAAUGGUGGAUGAAGAAGCAGCACACUGGAAGUUGUAAUGCAAGCAAUGCUCUACAACCGCAGAGACUUCAACAAGCAUUAUGACUGAGCACAGUGGAGUUCUGGAAGGAAAAUCCCAUUCAUUUUCUCCAUUAAGAAAUUGACUUAAACAAUAAUGUAUAAUAAUGUAUUUUUUGUUUUGUUUUUUAAUUUGCAAAUUCCUUACCAUGCAACAAAAAUAUGUAUAAGAAAUGGGUAUGUAUUUGAAUGAACUUUAUACAUAGCAAUGAAAUAUAUUGUAUUUUACACUAUCAUUAUUGAUUUAUAGCCCAUAAUUUCAUACAUUAACAUUGUUUAUUAAUUAUGUACAUCAUUCACAAUGCUUCAUGGUAUGAGUAACUCAUUCUGUCAUAAAAAUAAUUAAGUACACAGUCUUGUACUUUUGUCUCAUAUCCAUUUGAAAUACUGUUUUGCCUUGUUGAUGGGAAUCUUAAAACUCUAUUGAGGAAUUUUCUAGAAUGUCUAUGGAGAAAAUGAAUGGGAAGAUAGUUCUGGAACCAAGGCUGCUGAAAAGUAGGCAGUCACAGUUGCACUUUGAGGAGUGAGUGUGAUAAAUGACAAUGUGAAAUGGACUGCAAACAUGCCCUCCGCAUGUCACCUCAAUUAUUAUUAUUAUAUUAAAAAAGAACCCUUUUCCCAUGCAAACUAAGGAAAAGGAAAUAUAAAAAGGGCAGGAGGAGUCACAGGAGCAAAGAAAAUGUGGGUCUUGGAUUUAAUAAGCUAUUUUGCAAUUGUUCAGGAUUAACAUGCACCAUCUCUUUUGGUGAUUCAUUAUGAUUCAGUGUAAAAUUCAUCAAAAUGUCUUUGAACAUGAAGUUUUGUUUGGCUUCAGAGCUAUUGCACAGGAUUCGGUAUAGUCCACAUACAGUAUUACAUACAGUAAAAGUCAAAUAAUGUAGAAAUAGUGUAAAUAUCACUGCAACCUAAAGGCAGAACUUUUACACGUGCAUGGUGACCGUCUCAGUGUUCUUGUAUCUGUACAUUUGUGUCUUGCCCUACUAUGUGUGAUCUUGAAAAGCUAUGGAAUGUAGAAGCUGUUGAAUAUUAUGUUGACCAAUAAAGGUUCACUUCAGGAAGAA